AUGGCGGAGAUCGUAGGGUUGAGUUCUGGCGUUCUAGCCCUGGCCGCUUCUGCCCUGAAGUCCAGCGCGAAGCUUUACGAAACGAUCAAAGACAUCCGCUCCCAUCCACAUCAAGUUCGAGAGCUCCUCACGGAGCUCGCAAGCCUGAAUUUGGUCCUUCGAAAGCUCUCUGAGACCGGCGAUCUCCAGCUUGACGUUGAUCUUACAGCUCUCACACUCACGCUUACACAGUGCCGACAGUCAUGUGAUGAGGUUGAAGCCCAGCUGCUUGAUUCCUGCUCACGCUCUAGCCCUGACCGGACAAGCUUCCGCGAUUGGGCUAAACUGAAGUUCAACGGGAGCGAUGCCCAUCUAGACCACAUUCAACAAAAGCUCGACACUUUGACCCAUCGCGCUGCUGCCGGUCCGAUUCUCGACGUGACCACUCGCCAGCACAUGGAGGAGGAAGAAAAGAGCACCAAAAAGGGUCUCGAAUUCUGUGCCACACUUUUGCAGGCGAUUGAACAGACCGAGGUCGAAUUCUUUGAGAGCGAUAGCAGUUCAGCAAGCGCCCAGGCCCAGGUCUCAACCUCCCAAAUGUUGUUCGAUGGCAAGACGAUCAACGGCAAAAACCGAGCCGUUGGCAAGAGACUCAAGCAAGCUGGUGGUCAUUUUGGCGAAGACUCUCUUCAACAGGUCUCCCAGGAUUUCAAAGCUGUCAGCAUUCACUACGCCGACCUCCAAGAGCACACCCCUGAGCGAUCAGCAAUGGAGCCUGGCACUCACGCUGCGACGGCUGGAACAGACUCGACUUUCGGGCACCGGCAUGGGCCAGGUGUUACGCUCGCUAAGCAACACAUGCCUGGCGCUGCCGGUACUGGUCAGACUGGUGGUUGA